ACGUCUGUGUCUUCUUGCUGUCCCACCUUGCCAGUGACGGGCUCUUUCCAUCCAGCCGGCUGCACAGAAGCUGAGUUGUCCAGGCUAGUAUAGCACCUUGUGCUCUGCUUUACUCCUUGCUUCUCCGUAGGAGAGGGAAAAGGCUCUGGAGAUGGACCUGUCCUACAGAUCCACCAUCUCCAUCUAUAAGAGUAUCCUGGAGCAGUUCAACCCUGCACUGGAGAACCUGGUGUACCUGGGGAACAAUUACCUGCAUGCGUUCCAUGCAUUAUCCAAAGCGGCUGAAGUGUAUUUUAAGGCAAUUGAGAAGAUUGGGGAGCAAGCACUGCAGAGCUCCUCCUCACACAUGUUGGGUGAAAUUCUGAUGCAGAUGUCUGCCACACAAAGACUCCUGAGCUCUGAUUUGGAAAUUGUGGCUCAGACGUUCCACGUGGACCUGCUGCAGCACAUGGAGAAGAACACAAAAAUGGAUGUGCAGUUCAUCAGUGAAAGCCAGAAGCAGUAUGAGCUGCAGUACCAGCGCAGAGCCACCAACCUGGAUAAGUGCAUGGCAGAGCUGUGGAGAAUGGAGAGAGCUCGUGAUAAAAAUGUCCGGGAGAUGAAGGAGAGUGUGAUGCGGCUGCGGUCGGAGAUGCAGGCGUUUGUCUCGCAGAGCCAGAGGGAGGCUGAGCUGGAGGAGAAACGCCGCUACCGCUUCCUGGCUGAAAAGCACCAGAUGCUCUACAACACUCUCCUCCAGUUCUACAGCAGGGCCCGGGGUGUGAUCCAGACCAAGGAACUCUCCCAGACCCCCCCCCCCCCCACCCCCCCACCCAGCCCCUCGCGGGGGCUUCUCGCCCCCUCCCACAGCCAGGGGUACCCAUCAGGCUGGCUCGCCCCCAGCCACCUCGAGAUGCCCCAGAGACCCCUUGGGGACUUUGCUGCUCCCAUGACUGGGAGCAGAUCCAGCAUCUUCUCUCCAGAUCCUCCAGAAAUGAGACAGUCUCCUCAGCAAGAGACCCCCAGGCGGCUGCUGCGGAGGACACCCUCAGCCAGUUUGCUCCCUACUGGCCGUAGCUCCCGCUCGGGCUCCUUCGGCGAGGCCGGCGGCAGCAGCGAGGGCAGGAGGAGGAGCGGCACGGGCAGGGUGCAGGCCAUCGCGUCCCACUCGACGGGCGCCAACCGGACCCUGCUGCGGUUUGACCCCGGGGACGUCAUCACAGUGCUGAUGCCAGAGGCCCAGAACGGCUGGCUCUACGGAAAACUGGAGGGCUCCUCCACGUGCGGCUGGUUCCCCGAAGCUUACGUCAAGCCUCUGGAGGAUGCAAGGGAGAUGGAGGAGCCAGCCACCAGGUCCUUCCCACUGCGAAGCAGUCACAGUAUGGAUGACAUCCUGGACCGUCCCAGCACUCCUACUUCCAGCAAUUACUGGCCUGCCUCUGCCCAGCCCAGUUUGCCGAACCCACCUCCCCUCUCGGUGGGGUCCAGCAGUCACCAGAGUGGGAAAGCCACCCCCGUCAGUUCUGUCUCCAAGAAAUCAGGAGCAUUUGACCAGCCCCCUGAACUCUUCCCACGAGGUACCAACCCCUUUGCCACGGUCAAGCUGCGUCCCACAGUCACCAACGACCGCUCGGCACCCAUCAUCCGAUGA